UGUCCAUUUUCGAAGGGUAUAUAGCUAACUAAUCAACGAACUAACCAUAUAUUUCACUACAUAGCCAAGGUUUAUAUGUAUUUUUAGUUGGCUUAAGUUGCCUUCCUUUCUUAAAUAGUUCCAUAUUCCGUUAAAUACGAGCCCUGUGUUGUUAAACCUACCUGGUUUUUCACCUAUCCUAUACUCACCUGCUCUGAUUUUAUUAAUACCUGAGCUGCAGCGUAGCAUUUCCUGUUGUAAAUUUUAACCCAAGAAGAAGCCUCAGUUUAUCAGUUAGUGUAGCUUAAAAGGAGGCAAUAACAUGUGAUUUUUGAGGUUUAUUAUAAAUCUGUGAAUAAGUUACAAUUUAAAUAACAAAAUAAAACUGCAUCCUGAAAAGAACAAUUAUUAUGACGAUGUCUGGUUGGACAUCAAUUCACUUCCUCGUCGUCGUUGGUUUCGUCCUCUUGUUUCUGAAGGAGGCGAAUUCUGUCUCAAAUACGGUAUCGAGCAUGGAUGAGGGAGAAGAUCCCAGCGUGAGAGAGGUCACCAAUUUGAAUUUAACUUUUCGUGGAGAUUAUCAGAGGGCGAGAGUCCAAGCGCAUAAAAAAGUCGUCGUGUGUUACGUCGCGACAUGGGCGACGUACCGAAAACCGGACGAGGGGGCGUUUGACAUUGACCAUAUUGAGCCUAACCUUUGCACCCAUCUUAUCUACAGUUUCGCAGGGUUGGACAAUACGACCUUCAUCAUGAAACCGUUGGAUCCAUGGUUAGACCAGAAACUUCAGGAGAAUGGGGGUGGUAGAGAAUGGUUCAAGCGGUUCAACGAUUUCAAGGCAAAGUAUCCCCAUUUAAAAGUUCUUUUGGCAAUUGGCGGAUGGAACGAAGGGUCCAAAAAGUACUCACAAAUGGCCGGAAAUAGCCAAAAUCGUCAAGUUUUCAUCCAAUCUGCGCUUGACCUGAUUCAACGCUACGGUUUUGACGGAUUAGACCUAGAUUGGGAGUUCCCGGCUGACCGUGGCGGCAGUAUGGAUGAUAAGCGACAAUUUACCAUCUUAGUUCAGGAAUUACGCCACAAAUUCGACAAGUACGGACUCAUGUUAACCUCUGCGUUUGGUCCGGCCUUAUCAACGGCGACGAAAGGGUACGAACUCCGCGAGCUGGCCGGUCUUUUGGACCACAUUCACUUGAUGUGUUACGACUAUCAUGGCGCCUGGGAUAGGAAAACGGGACACAACGCACCCCUCUACGCUCCCAAGGGGGAUGGCAGUAUCGCUGAGAGUGUCGACUACUACUUGGCCCAAGGCGUCCCACCGCACAAGCUCGUCAUCGGGCUGCCAUUUUACGGGAGGACUUUCAUAAUUCCGGACGAGGGGCAGCUCGGUGACGCCUUGUCAAGCUCGACCGGAAGGAAUGCGUCGGUACGAGCGGGGCUAUUUCAGGGUGCGAUGGAUAAAGGGUUUCAAGGCCCGUAUACUAAGGAGGAUGGAUUUCUGGGAUAUAAUGAGAUUUGUCGCGAAUUGACGGCCAGUCGAGGCGACUGGACGACAUAUUGGGACGACGUGGCGAAGGUUCCUUACAUGCGGAACGGGAAUAAAUGGGUCUCCUUCGAUAACCCAGACAGCAUAAGGGAAAAGGUAAAGUACAUCACUCAGAAAAAACUUCGCGGCGCUAUGAUCUGGUCAAUCGACACGGACGACUUUCGAUCCACCUGCGGCAUCAAGAACGCUCUUUUGAGGACGGUUAAUUUCGCCCUGUACCAAAACGUCAUGCCUGGCGAUGACGUAAUCCCAUCGACACCUGGUCGGGGGCCACUGCGACCGACGGCAGGAGCGUCUGGGUUGCAAAUUUCCGUCGUUCUGGGACUCAUUGCAGCUACCGUGCUGUAUUUCCUUGGUUGAUAAAGAAGAGUUAAAAAAUGCUUAUUACAUAUUUGGGUGCAGGCCAUCAAAUUUAGACUGAUUUUUUUUACACAUUUUUAAAAUUAUGCAAGUAAGUAUUUUAUUACUGAUUUUUUAAAUGGACGACGCGAUAAGUGCAAAUGAUAACUAGUAAUUAUGUAAGUAUUAAGCGCCAUGAAAUUUAUCAUGCUUCCACAAAAUCACAAUAUUUUUUAAAAGACUUGUUAAAUUGUGAUUUCUUUUUCAGGGUAAAAAUUAAAAAAUAUCUAAUUAUUAAUUGUAAAUAUUUUAUUACUUAAAUAUUGAUAUUCUCAAGAAUUAAAAUUCCAAGUUUUCAGAAAGAAA